AUGGCUGAUGAAGCUGGUCGUAUACUUCUCAAGUGUUUGAGCAAAGGUGGGAGGAAACUUCGGAGGGAGAUGGUGGUGCACAUGAACAAGGAUGAUAUCCAAGAGGAACGCAUCAUGGUACAGGGCGGUGAUAUCCGUCAACGGGGAAACCAGUGGUUGCGAAAAGCUUGGCAAAAGUCAGGUGUCACCCGUGUCCCACGCGAAGCGGAGUUUAGAAAGAUUGUGAGGAGUCUGGCUAGCCAGUACAACCUAUGCCCUGGGUUGGAUGAUGAAGCCAAACAAGCUUGGAUCAGGGAAGAGGCUGCCAAAUGCCAUCGGGUGGUCAUCCGACACAAAAAGGUGGGAGGUCGACCCAGCUCAGCAAGCACAAAAUCAGCGCAGGGUCUUUUGUUGAUCAAGCUGACACGCAACCUCCCUUGCUGUCGGGCUUGGAUGAUGAAGCUAUGCUAG